GGACGGACCACUUUGUGCCUCGUAGUGCAAACAGUGGCACCAGUUUGUUUCUCUGCGUUCGGUGGGUGUGUGUAUUUCUGUUGCAUCCCGGAAAGUCAAACAUGAUCUGUUAGCAGGUCGCGGUCAGGGGCCGGUGACGUACAGCCACGUCGGUUCAGUGAGAUUCUCUCAGACGAGCUGGUUUGCAGCUGCUCUCCCGCACGGCGCACCGGGACCCUCCUCCGUUCUGCGGCCAUGGACCACGACGUAGUGCUCGUUUCUGCCGCCAGGACCCCCAUAGGGUCCUUCAAUGGCGUCCUGUCCGGCGUCCCCCUGUCAGAGCUGGGCUCUACGGUGAUCCGCGAGGUUCUGCGAAGGGCCCACGUGGAGCCUCAGGAGGUGUCUGAGGUCAUCAUGGGUCACGUUCUCACGGCAGGCCAUGGGCAGAACCCGACACGGCAGGCCAGCGUGGCGGCCGGCAUUCCCUACUCCGUUCCUGCCUGGAGUUGCCAGAUGGUGUGUGGGUCCGGCCUGAAGGCCGUGUGGCUGGGUGUCCAGGCCAUCCGCACUGGGGAGGCGGCUGUGGUGGUGGCUGGAGGCAUGGAGAGCAUGAGCAGGGCCCCCCACUUGAUCCACAUGCGCUCUGGAAUGAAGAUGGGAGAUGCUACUCUGCAGGACUCCAUGCUGUGCGAUGGGCUGACAGACGCCUUCCACAAUUGCCACAUGGGCAUCACAGCGGAGAAUGUGGCCAAGCAGUGGGCUGUGAGUCGCGAGGACCAGGACCGCUUUGCUGUGUUGUCCCAGAACCAAACGGAAGCUGCACAGAAGGCCGGUCACUUUGACCAGGAGAUCGUCGCUGUUACGGUUCCGUCCAGAAAAGGUCCAGUGGAGGUGAAAGCGGACGAGUUCCCGCGACACGGCAGCAACCUGGACGCCAUGUCCAAACUGAAGCCGUGCUUCCUGAAGGACGGUUCGGGAACAGUGACCCCAGGGAACGCCUCGGGGGUCAACGAUGGUGCUGCAGCCACUGUUCUCAUGACCAUGUCUGAAGCUCAUCGCAGGGGUUUGAAGCCGAUGGUCAGAAUCACGUCGUGGGCUCAAGUGGGCAUCGACCCCACCAUCAUGGGCACAGGCCCCAUCCCAGCCAUUCGGAAGGCAGUGGAGAAGUCAGGAUGGCACCUGGAGCAGGUGGACCUGUUUGAAAUCAACGAGGCCUUUGCAGCACAAUCGCUCGCCGUGGUGCGGGAGCUCGGCCUCAGCCCAGAUAAGGUGAACAUCAGUGGCGGCGCCAUCUCGCUGGGACAUCCCAUCGGCAUGUCUGGCUGCCGUGUCCUGGUGACACUCGUACACGCACUGCAGAGGACUGGCGGGAAGAGGGGAGUUGCUGCACUCUGCAUCGGAGGAGGAAUGGGCGUGGCCAUGUGCAUCGAGAGAGCAUGAGGUCACCUACAGACGGGUUCGACACUCUUCCAGUAGUGCCGAAUGCUUUACUAGUCUUCCUCCGAAGUGCCAAACGAGACCCAUAUGGACCUUGAACUGCCAAAAUUGGUGUGACCCAGUAGUGUUGACACCGCAUUUGUCUCUGCAUUAAAACUAAAUGUCGGGGGGGAAGCCGAUUAACUGAUUGAUGUUCUUUCAUAAAAUUUUGCACUUCAAACAUUCCUUAAUGUCGUUUUGACACUAGUUUAAUGAGGAGGCUCUUGGACUUGACGGUAGUUCCAGGCAAGGUGGGGCUCCAGCUCCAGGGUCACUGUGUUUUCUGCAGGGCCAGCAGAUGGCAGAGUGGUUAGAACACCUGUGUUGCAGUCAGGUCCCACCUUUGAAGCCCCAGUGCAGUAGUACCCUUGAGCAACAAUUACAAUAAAAAUUACCCAGCUGUAUGAGUAGUUUAGUGUACUAACCUAAUACUGUAAAACCCUGAAAACUCAGCUUGCAGAAUGGAAUCAGAACCACAUUCAAAGGGCCUUCAGGUUAAUAAGCAGAGUUUGUAAUUAAUACUGACAUGAAAGUGACUCAAGUUCCACAGUUUGAGCUGAAUGUGAGAUUUAAUACAUACAAUGUUAACUGUGCCAUUACGUUUAUUUGCUUUUAUCCAUAAAUAACAUGGAAUAAACUGAAAUGAUGUAAAAUCACC